CCCCGCGCCGGCCCAGAGGCGCGAUCCCGGCGCGGCGGGGCGGAGUCGCGGCAGGACGGCCUCGGCUUUUCCCCUCGCCGGACGGGCCUGGACGGUGCGGCGAGCAGGCCUGGGUCAUGGCCGGCGGGGCGGCGUCGCGGGGGGCUGAGCUGCUGGACUUCGCGCGGUUCUGGGACUCGAGCUCGCAGCCCCUCGCCUACGGCUACGGCCAGCGGAGCCUGCGCGAGCUUCGUGCGCACGAAUUCGGCCGCCUGGCAGGAACUGUCUACCUUGACCAUGCGGGAACCACAUUGUUCCCCCAGAGCCAGCUCACAAGCUUCAUUAAUGAUCUCACGGAAAAUAUUUAUGGCAAUCCUCACAGCCAGAACAUCAGCAGCAAGCUCACCCAUGACACUGUGGAGCAGGUGCGCUACAGGAUUCUGGCUUACUUCCACACCUCCCCAGAGGACUACAGUGUGAUUUUCACAGCUGGGAGCACAGCUGCUCUUAAGCUUGUGGCAGAGGCCUUCCCGUGGGUGUCUCCAGGCCCAGAGAGCAGCGGAAGUCGAUUCUGUUACCUCACCGACAGCCACACCUCCGUGGUGGGCAUGAGGAAUAUUGCUACAGCCAUGAACGUCACUUCCAUCCCUGUCAGGCCGGAGGACGUGUGGUCGGCUCAGAGACAGGAUGCUGCUUCUAGCAACCCUGACUGCCAGAUUCCUCAUCUCUUCUGUUACCCAGCUCAGAGUAACUUUUCUGGAACCAGAUACCCUCUGUCCUGGAUAGGAGAGGUCAAGUCUGGGCAGAGAUGCCCUGCAAGCACACCUGGGAAGUGGUUUGUGCUGCUGGACGCAGCUUCUUAUGUGAGUACUUCACCUUUGGACCUAUCAGUUCACCAGGCCGACUUUGUCCCCAUCUCCUUCUAUAAGAUCUUUGGAUUCCCCACUGGCCUGGGUGUUCUGCUGGUGAAUAAUCGUGUAGCUCCUCUGCUGAGGAAAACCUACUUUGGAGGAGGCACAGCCGCUGCAUACCUUGCAGGAGAAGACUUCUAUAUCCCGAGACAGUCAGUGGCUGAAAGGUUUGAAGACGGCACCAUCUCAUUCCUUGCCGUGAUAGCACUAAAGCAUGGAUUUGAUACCCUAGAGCGCCUCACAGGUGGAAUGGGGAACAUACAGCAGCACACUUUUACCUUGGCUCAGUACACCUACACUGCCCUGUCUGCUCUCCACUACCCCAAUGGAAGCCCUGUGGUGCGGAUUUACUGUGACUCUAAAUUCAGCAGCCCGGACGUUCAGGGUCCAGUCAUCAAUUUUAAUGUACUCGACUACAACGGGAAGAUCAUUGGGUACUCCCAGGUGGAUAAAAUGGCCAGCCUUUACAACAUCCAAGUGCGAACUGGCUGCUUCUGUAACACUGGGGCCUGCCAGAGGCACCUGGGAAUAAGUGACAAGAUGGUUAAGAAGCAUCUUCAGGCUGGACAUGUCUGUGGAGAUAAUGUGGACCUCAUAGAUGGACAGCCUACAGGAUCUGUGAGGAUUUCAUUUGGAUACAUGUCUACCCUUGAGGAUGCUCAGGCCUUUCUUAGGUUCAUCAUAGCAACCUGGCUGCACCCAUCUGAUGGCCAACCUUUCCCUCAGGCCAUCCCUGGGGAGGCUGGCACCCCACCAGCAGAGAGCAAGGCUCAGAGUGCUGUGCCCGCCACUGUGGACAGAUGCAGUCCCUCACCUCAGCAAGACGCUGCCACCGACUCUGAGGUUCAGAAUGACUCAUUCACCACUGUGGAUGCGGUGGGUUUGCACUUACCUCUGCCAGAGGCUGCCAGAAUCCAGCAGACCCCUUCAGAGAAAGCUGCAGGAGUCCUGGAUGGAGGCCUGGGGCCACAUGUCAUCACCAACCUUUACCUCUACCCGAUCAAAUCCUGUGCUGCGCUUGAGGUGACCAGCUGGCCUCUAGGAAAUCAUGGGCUGUUGUACGACCGAGGCUGGAUGGUUGUCAAUCACAACGGCAUUUGCCUCAGUCAGAAGCAGGAGCCCCGGCUCUGUCUGAUCCAGCCCUUUAUUGACCUACAGCAAAGGAUCAUGAUCAUCAAAGCCAAAGGGAUGGAGCCUAUAGAGGUGCCUCUUGAGGAAAAUGGUGAAUGGGCUCAGAUUUGCCAAAGCAAGGUUUGUGCGGACAGGGUAAAUACUUAUGAUUGUGGAGAAAAAAUUUCAAGCUGGUUGUCAAAGUUUUUUGGCCGUCCAUGUCGCCUGAUCAAACAGAGUUCAGACUUUCAAAGAAAUGCAAGGAAGAAGAAACAUGGUAGAGACCAAUCUGCUGAUACAACGGCCACCCUUUCUCUGGUGAAUGAGGCACAAUAUUUGCUGAUAAACAGAUCCAGUGUUUUGGAACUUCAGCAGCAAUUAAAAUACAGUGAUGAGAAUGGAAAGGAGGAAUUAUUCCCAGUGAAAGAUCUUAUCUCACGUUUUCGAGCCAAUAUUAUUACCAAAGGAACAAGGGCGUUUGAAGAGGAGAAAUGGGAUGAGAUUUCCAUUGGCUCCUUGCAUUUCCAGGUUUUGGGGCCUUGUCACAGAUGUCAGAUGAUUUGCAUCAACCAGAAAACUGGGCAACGAAACCAAGAUGUUUUUCAAAAGCUUUCUGAGAGUCGAGAGAGAAAGGUGAACUUUGGUGUGUAUCUGAUGCAUAUGUCUUUGGAUUUAUCUUCUCAAUGUUUCCUGUCUGUGGGAUCUCAGGUGUUCCCUGUGUUGAAAGAAAAUGUGGAACUCCACAAUUUACCUGCUUCUGAGAAACAUCAGGAUGUUACCUCCUAAAAUUUUCCAGAACAAAUUAAAAUUGCCUGUUUACAACUA